ACUGCUCAGACUUUGGAACCAGGUCGACACAUUUCCAAGUCCUGGUGAUCGCACACUCUUAAGAUUGGAGAACUAUAAAAGCCGAAAGCCAAGAGCUCAAGUUAGUCUUCACUGAAAGAGGAAGACUCUCGCUUCCUUUAAGCAUCGGGAGCUUUGCUAUGCCCAUCAUGGAGGGUACCAAGCUUUGCCUUUUGCUUCUGCUGGGAACAUACACACUAGCCCAGCAAGAUGUGACGGAACAAUCUCCAGUGUGUCAAUUGGCCAAAAGAUUCAAGAACUUCCGGUCGUUUAAGUACGACUAUGAAGCUGAGACCAUUAACGGCGUGAGUGGAGCUACUGACAAUAAGAGCGGCUCCAAAGUCUCCUGCGUGGUUGAGAUUGACGUGCCCCAGACCUGUAGCUUCAUCCUGCGCACCACAGAGUGCUCUCUGAGCGAGAUCUCUCAUGUGGAUGAGCAGGGACACACAGUCUACGCACCCGCUGCUGGAAAUGAGGCCUUCAAGGCUGCCAUGGCCUUGAACUCCUUGAAGCUCAAAGUCGAAGGCAUGACUAAUGUUCAUCUCUACGCUGAGGACAACGAGGCUGUCAACAUCCUGAACAUCAAGAGGGGAAUCGUCUCUGCUCUGCUCGUGCCCGUGAUGGAGGAGGAGAAGAACAAGGAAAUGCCCACCGUGCACGGAGUCUGCUCCACUGACUUCACCAUCAACUCAAGGGAGGACAUCGCCACUGAUGUGACCGUCACCCGCGAUCUUUCCCAGUGCGACGAGUUCAUCGCUCGCAGGCAGGACACGAGCCCCUUGGCCCUCAUCUCUGGCCUGAACUACCCUAUGUCCAAGAUGAUUUCCAGCACCCAGACCUGCAACUACAAGUUUGACAACCAGAAGAAGCACAUGACCAGUGGCACCUGCACAGAGAAGCAUCUCUUCCUGCCGAUGUCCCACCAAAGUGAAUAUGGAAUUUCUGCUUUGGUGAAGCAGACCUUGACUCUGAGGGAAACUUCCAAGAUCAAUGACAGAAUCUUUGAAGCCAACCAGGGCAACAUCCAGUCCUUGCCCAUGGAUGUUUCUGAUGAAAAGUCCCCCAUCCAGACCAAAGAGGCUGCCUUCGCCACACUGCAGCAGCUGAACACCUUGUCCCAGACCGCUCAGGGCGAGGAGCGCGCCGGCCUUUUCCGCAAACUUGUGUCUCAGUUCCGAGUCCUGAAUGCUGACGUCCUGGGAUCUGCUGCCGUUGAGAUGAUGGACAUCUCCAUGCCGCUGACAUUCCAAGCUCUGGUCCAGUGUGGUACCCCAGAAUGCACUAGUGCCAUUCUGAAGGGUCUCAGGACCUUUGACGAAGGUGCUCUCGAGGUUGACGCUACUGUCUACGCCCUGGGGAUGCUGGCUAAUCCCUCCCGCCUCAUGGUUAAGGACAUACUGGCAAUGGCUCAGUACAAGAAUAGCAAACCCUUCAUGUAUGCUCUGAGCAAUGUCGCCAGGAAACUGCACCAGAGAGAGGGAGUCACCCCUGAGAUCGUUGCUGUCUCUGAGUUUCUGGCUUCUCUUCUGGGCCCCGACUGCGGUGGAGAGAAAGAAUUGACCUUCCUGACCUUGAGGGUUGUUGGUAACAUGGGAGCAGCAUUGGAGGAUGCUGACGCCACAAUCAAGAACACCCUGCUCAAGUGCAUGAGACAGCCUGCGACCACACUGUCUGUGCAGCUGGCCGCCAUCCAGGCUUUCAGACGCAUGUCUGUGACAGAUGAGAUCCGCUCUAACCUCCAGAGGGUUUGCCAGUACCCCAAGGGGGCUGUGCAGAAGCGCCUGGCAGCAUACCUGGUUCUGAUGAGGGAUCCCCAGCCCAGCGACAUUGAAAUGUUGAAGAAGCUGAUCAAGCAGGAGCAGAACGUGCAGGUCAAGUCCUUUGUGACCUCCCACGUCUACAACAUCAUUACCUCCGCUGAUCCACAGACCCAGAAGCUCGGUAAGACCAUCUUUGAUGCCCUGGAAGACACUGAUGUUCUUACACACAACGACUACACCACAAAGUCUCGCAGCUACAAGCUGGAUGUGGCCCAAGAUGACGACAUGAAGGCCGCCAUUCAGGGCAACAUUAUCUUUGAUCCCAGUAACCAGUUGCCCAGAGAGAUGUUGCUUGAGACUACUCUGAACGCUUUUGGUUUCAACCUGGACAUUUGGGAGAUUGGCAUGGAAGGAAAAGGCUUCGAGCCGAGCAUUGACGCUCUCUUUGGAAAGAACGGUUUCUUCCCUGACACUUUGUCCAAGACUCUGUACUGGGCCGAAGACAUGAUGUCACCAAACAUCAAGGAAGUUCUGGAGAAAUGGGUUGCUCCCCUCAAAGCAGAAGGACAGAAGGUCCCUGAAAACCUUGUGAAAGAAAUUGUUCGCAACUUCAACAAGCUGGUCAAAGAUCUGCAGAAUCAAGAGUCUCCAGAGGCCAUGGCCUACCUGAGGAUCAUGGGAGCUGAGCUCGGUUUCAUCAAGGCCAGCGACCUGAAGUCUAUUGCUGAAAACGCACUGAUGUAUACAGAUAUUUUUGCCAUUAUCUUUCCUGCACAGGCUUUGUCUAAAAUGAUGUCCAGAACUGACAACGAGAUCUUUGCCCACUACAUCUUCAUGGACAACAAAUUCAUGAUGUCAACUGCAGCUGGUUUGCCUCUGACAUUCGCUAUGACCGGCACCUUCACUCCUGGUGCAAAGGGAGGCCUUCGCCUUGCUCCAAACAUGAAGGAGCUGCUGUUCAUGCCCUCCGUUGGAGUUGAGUUCAUGACUCAGAUGGGAGUCCAUGUCCCUGAAUUUGUUGCGUCUGCUGUUGAGAUGCAAACCAACAUGUACCAUGAGAGCACGCUCAAUGCUAAGAUUAGCAUGGAGCAGGGCCAGGUCAAGCUUUCCAUCCCCGCCCCACAGGGCACCACAAAGCUCUUCAGAUUCCGCAAUAAAGUGCUGAUUGUGGGUGCCGGCGAGGCUAAAAUGAUCCCACACACCCUGAGUGAUGAAAGCUGCAGCCCUCUCUUCACUGGGCUCAGCUACUGCACCGAAACAGCUCGUGCUCUCGCUGGCUCGGCCGAUGCCCCUUACUUCCCCCUGAAUGGAGAGACUGUGUUUAAUGUGGACAUCAAGCCCACUAAAGAGGUCUCUGAGUACACAGCCACCAUCGCCUACAAUCUCCUCAGUGAAGGAGAAGAUGGCGACCAGAAGGUUGAUUCUUUGAAGAUGACCCUGAAAGCUGAAGGUGAUCAGCCGACCGAGGCCACAGCCACCAUGAAAUACAACAGGAACAGGAACGUCUUCACCACUGAAGUCCAGAUACCCGACUUUGAUGUUGAAGCCGGUGUUAAGGUCAGCAUGGCCGACAGCAGUGCCGAAGGCAAAUCCAUGAUCCUUGAGAUCUCCAACAAGAACGUGCCCCAGCUCUCUCUGAUUGGUCGUGCCAAGCUUCAGGCCGUGACUGAUGGCAUGCUGCAGGUUCAACUGAUAGUCCCCUCACUCAAGGCUGAUGCUGCCAUCACUGCAACAAUGAGCAACACUGACAGACUCACCUUAGAGAUCAAGAGUGAUGUCAAGCUUCCAGAGACCUCCUCCAUCCAGGCAGUUGUAUUCAAAUAUGGUGAGGACCAUGCUGAGGUCCAGCUGCUGUCCAAUGUCAAUGCUGAUACUAAGAUCCUGGUGCCUUACACCGAGGCCCUCCAGGCCUGGCUCAGGCAGUUUGCUGAUGACGUCAUGGAGCAGCAGGUUGUCAAGACUGACAUGAGACUGGGUCACAUCUUAAACAAGGCAGUUGAGGCCGGCAACAUCUGGAUGGACAAGAUCCAAACUGAUGUUCCCUAUGUUGAGACUCUGAGGAACAAAAUCGCAGAGGUGGAAAUGCCUGCCAUGCCUGAAAACCUCUUCAUGAACCUGGACGGCAAACUCAGAUACCAGUUCAACCAGGAACGUAUGACCGUCACUAUCCCUCUGCCUCUUGGAGGCAAAUCAUCUGAGGAGCUGAGGAUACCUGCAAGGCUCACCUCCCCUCACAUCUCUUUGCCUCAGGUGGGCAUGAAUAUUGUCCCACAGCAGAUCCAAAUCCCCACCUUUACCAUUCCUUCUGAAUAUGAUCUCAUCAUGCCUCUGAUGGGAAUGGUGGAAGUGUCUGCCAAACUCCACAGUAACUAUUACAACUUGGAAGCCACAGUCUCUGCUGGAAACAAAACUGUUGAGUCUCCCAGCUACCUGGCCCAGUUCAGCAUCAUGGCUGAAAGUCCAGUCAAACUUCUCUCCUUCUCAACUGAGGGAGCUGCAAAAAUCACAGAUACGGAAGAGAAAACUAUGAAAUUGACCGUUGAUGGCUCCCUGAAACACAUGAUCGUGGACACAGGUUUUAAUGUGCUGGAGACCAUUGCUGUCACAGACAAUGUACUAACAACAGGAAGAUACAACAUCUAUGCUGUCUCCCCUCUGGGUCUAGACACUUCUCUGACUGUUACCACACAGUUCACUGUUGACGCCAACAUUCUCUCUGGAGACAUUAACACAGAUGGAAGUGUGACCGUUGGACCCAUGACUGCUACCACCACCUAUCUGCACACCUUCUCUGUUGAGCCAAUGAAGAAAGAAGCAAGAUUGGAGAGUACGCUGAGAUUGAACUCUGAAAUCCUGAAGGUUGUGAACAAGGUCAAGGCAUCAUAUGCAAAUGAGGAACUUCUGAUUGAGUCUAACACCAACAUGAACAGCAACCCAAUCAAGCACACUACCAAAAUGAGCCUUAGCUACAAGGAUGUUAAGCUUACCAUCCAGUCUGACUCUGUGACCAAGGCUGAUGACAGAAUGGUUCGUAGCCAGAUGGAGUUCUCUUCCAUCGCAGGACAGGCCAGUCUCAGGAUUGAGAACCAAGCUGAUGACACAGUGAACCGUGCCUACUCCCUGAUCACUGGGUCCAUGAACCCCUCAGGUUUGGAGGUAAACACAGAUGCCUCCAUGAACAUCUUUUCAAGCCUUGCCUCUCACAAGGCAACCUUGACCCUGAACACGAAUGGCCUGACAACCAGUUGUACAACCACUGCCCAGUACAGCCCAAUGACCUUUGAGAAUAUUUUCCAUGGUGGAGUCGAUACCUCUGGUGCUACCAUGUCUCUGACCACCAAGGGAGCCAUUCAAGACAAUAAAGUCGACCUCAAUGUUGAGGCUAAGCUUGCAAGCACAGAAGCCUAUUUCAACAGCAUCCUUAAGGGUAACCUCUAUGACAUCAACACCAUUAACAGAGUGAACCUUAGAGUGAAUGAUGAUGGCCUGGUUGUCUCCAACAACUUGGUAGGAUCUUUCAACGAGAUGAAGACUGAAAAUACCCACACACUGUCUCUGGCACUGAAAUCGUUUAGCCUUCACUCCAAGACUGACAACGUCCUGGAUAAGAAGAACUCCUACAUGCACAACAUCAUAGUCAACAUGGCGCCUUACACUGCUUCAGUUACUGUAAAGAAUGACCUGAAGAUCAUGGAGAUUAACUUUGUGAAUGAUGCCCAGUUCAAGGCACAGCCCUACAACAUGGAGCUGACUGGAACAACGAUGGGAGUUUUCUCAGAGGAAGAGCUCAAGCACACGUAUGAAAUCAAGUUUAUUGACAUGGUCCUGUCUGCAAAGUGCAAUACAAAUGGUAAACUCCUGGGAUCUCACAUGACACAUACCACUGAUAUGGAGCUUGCUGGUCUGACCAUGAAGUUCAACGAUGUCGCUAACUUCAACUCACCAUAUCUUCGUCUGGACAGCACAGUCAAAACUGUUGCAGCACCCUUCACUCUGACCAUCGAUGCCCUUCUCAACUCAGAUGGUGCAGCGUAUCUGAAUGGACAACAGAGCGGCGAGCUGUACAGCAAAUUCCUCCUGAAAGCAGAACCUCUUCUGUUCACACAUUCAUUUGAGUCCAGAGCUUCAACCACCCAUGAACUGGAAGGCACAUCACCGAUCAAGACCAACAUGGAGAACAAGUUCAACAGCAUGCUUAGCUUGCAAGAGCAAAGUGUCACACUGAAGAUGAAAUCCAAAGUAAACGAGCACACUUUCGAUGAAGAAAUUAGCGCUUAUAAUAAUGCAGAGAAAAUGGGUAUUGAGAUGGCAGGAGCAAUGUCAACCUCCCUCUUUACCGAGGCCAUUGAAGAUUAUUCCAUCUCUGGAUUUGUGAAAUAUGACAAGAACAGCGACAGCCACUUUAUCCAAAUCCCAUUCAUUGAGCACCUGCCUGCAGUCAUUGAAAACGUAAAGAUCACAAUGAUGAGGAUGAUGGACAACAGCAUUGAGAUGCUGAAAGAAAUCAACAACAAGUUGGAAAUCAGUCUCAAGUUUCAGAACAAAGUGGCGGAACUUAAGGAGGUCAUCGACAACUUCGACUACAAACUCUUUGUCAAGGACCUGAGAAAGUUUAUUAACUCAAUGGAAAAUGUCUUGAGCAACCUGACAACCAAGUUCCCAACUGACAAAGUCAUGAAUGUGCUCAAAUCCAUCAAGGAGACUUUCAUGGCUUUCAUCAAGAAACAUGACAUUGCAAACAAGUUCAAUGUUGUUUAUUCCAAAAUUGAAGAAAUCCUCUCCAAAUACGAGGUUGAGAAGAUGAUUGAGGCCAUCAUGGAUGAGGUUGUUAAAACUAUGAAGCAGUAUCAGGUGAGGGAGAAGAUUCAGUCGGCAUUUGCUGCUCUCAGAUCAAUUGACUUCCAGCCUUUGCUCAAAAAAGCUCUGGCACCUGUUCAGCAGCUUGUGAAUGAAAUGUAUUCCUUUGACUUCAAACAACUGAUUGAAGACGUGAGGGAUUAUUUCAUGAAAAUGGUCCAGAAUAUCAGAUCUUUUGAUUAUGACACAUUCACUAUGGAGCUGAAAGAGAAGGUUGCAGAUAUGACCAAAAUUCCCUGUUUUGGAAAGCUUUACGGAGAGUUCAGGGUUACAUCUCCUCAUUACAAUCUCAGGACCACUGCUGAUCUGGAGAAUACCACAACUGCAUCAGUCACACCAGAGUUCAAAAUGAACCUUAACUCACAGGCUACAUCUACUUUGAAAAUCCUUGACUUCACCACCGAUGCCAGUGCCCACAUUGCCCUGCCCAAGAUGAGUCGUCUGUCUGUUUCUGAGAACAUCAAUGUUGACCAGUCAUGUUUCACACUUGACCACAAGGGAACGAUCACUCUCUAUGGCCUGUCAGCUCAGGCUUCUGCUGAUACUACUGCAAAGGUAAAUACUGAGCUUUAUGCUGCAGAGCUUGUCAACAAAGCAUUUUUGGCCAUGGAAAAUGGAGUUUCCGCCACUGCAGAGACUGCCUAUAAACAAAACCUGAACAUGCCAAUCCUUAAAAUCUUCACUGAAGCACAGAUGAAUCAAAAGACCGUUUUCCAGCUUGAGGAUGGCACUGCGCGUCUGACCUUCAACAAUCUUGCUCAUGAAAAAUAUGCAGUUCAGGACAUCUCAAAUGAGGGAUCCCACAAGAGUGACAUGGAAGUGGUCAUGGAUCUCCACACAGCCAAGGUAACUUUCACCGGAGAAACAGGAUGCGGCCAAUACAAGAUGAAUCAAAAUGUGGUUGCUGAAAUGUGCAUCUUCCGACACCUAAUUAUCAGUGGCAAGGUUGAGACAGAGACACCUUUCAUGAAGGGAAGUGUUGCAGAUGUCAAGUUCCAGGCUAAGGUUGAAGACAUGAAAAUUGAUUUCACUGCCUCUCACAGUGCAGAGCUGACCGGAGGAGUUGAGGGACCUCUCUCAAGCAGUGCGGUGGCUUCUAUCACACCUAAUGAGCUUAUGUUUGACACCAAGAACAGGGGAAACACCAAGCUUGCCCUUCCAUUCCUGCUGUCUGGAAAGGUAGAUCUCCAGAAUGACAUCGCUCUUACCCUUAACUCUGAGGUUCAGCAAGCUAGCUGGACAGGCCUGGCUAGAUUCAACCAGUACAAAUACUCCCAUUCCUUCACCAUAGAUAAUGAGGAGAAAGAAAUAAUCAUUGUUUCCCAGAUUAAUGGAGAAGCUAAUCUUGAUGCAUUGAAACAAACCAUCACAAUUCCUGAAAUUAAUGUGCCAUUCGUUGGUAUUGGGACACCAAGACUGGAGGACUUCUCACUGUGGGAAGAUACUCUCCUGAGCGACCUCCUACUCACAACUCAGCAGACAUUUGACAUGAACUCCAAGCUGACCUACAAGAAAAACCCUGAGGUGAUUACCAUUGACAUUAAUUUAGAUCCACUCAUCAAUGUCAUUAAUACCAACGUCAAGACUCUGCACAAGAGAGCACUCAUCGGCAAGGACAAGGCUGCUGCCAUGCUCGCUACAUCUUACAACAAGGCAAAGGCAGAGUAUGAAAAAUAUAGCAUUGAGUUUCCCAAAACCAUUACAGUGCCCGCCUACAAGGUUCCAGUGAUGAAUGUCGAGGUGUCUACAUUUACCAUUCCCCUGCCUGACCUUACUCUCAUCACAAUGCCUGCUCUGCAUGUUCCAUCUGCCCUGAGCAAGCUGACUCUUCCCAAAAUCACUCUGCCCAAAAUUCAGAGCAUCAAGAUCCCAGUACUGGGUGAUCUGACCUAUGAGGGUUCAGUGAAAACAGCAAUGAUCACACUCAAAACUGAUGCCAGCAUCCUCAACCAGGACAACAUCAUCAUCACACUUGAUGCCUCUUCAGCCUCUGAAUUUGAGCUUCUGACUGGAAAGAUUCACGGCAACGUCAACGUAAUCAAAACUGGUGAAUUCCAAAUAUCCUCUGUCCUUUCUGUGCAACAUCCAAUGGUAGAGGGAACCCAUAACAGUGCCAUCACCUUAAGUCAUGCAAAUGUCCAAACCUCCAUCACCAAUUCGGCAAAGGUCAAUCUACCUGACAGAACGAUGGAAAUCCACCAAGAGAUUACAGGAAAUCCAGAGGAAGGCCUGGUUGUUUCUAUGUCCACUCCAUCCGCAGGACUCAUUGCAGUUCAGAUGCAGACUAAAUCCCCAGCACAAGUCAAAGCAAGACUCUAUGGUCGCUACCCGUCUGAGCCAACUACAGACAUUGAUAUCCUGAGUGUGAAGAUGUCUGUGAUGAACUCUGAGAAACUGAACAUUCAGACAACCUGGAAUAUGGAGAUGCCAUAUGAUAUGAUGUUGGAAGUGAAGAGCCACGUACCAAGAGCUGUGGAGCUGGUGUCAGGUCCUGCUUAUUACACAUAUAAAGAAAUCAACAGGAAAGCUGGAAGGCUUGUGGAAUCCAUUGAACGGGCUAGCAAGAGAGGCAGAGUGGUGUUCAAGAGGGCUGUUGACAAACUCGCAACAGUAGAUCCUUCUGCUGUUAUGACAGAUGUCACAUAUACAACUAUUAUGAUCCUCAGAAAUAACCAAAAGAGAGUUGAAGCUAUUAUUGAUGCUAUUGUUAAAGUCCUGAGAGAGACCAAGUUCCAGAUCUAUGGGUAUGAGCAGAGACUGUCUGGGCUUGAGAUCUACCAGAAACUUAGCGCUUUUGUUGCCGAUGUAUCUGAGGAAGCUGUUCAAAAGAUUCCACAGUAUUUUUCCUACAUCUUUGGAUCAGUCCUUGAUUUUAUCAGAGCCAUUGAAUUCACCCUCCCUGGCUCUAACCACAUUGUGAGUGGAGGAGAAAUUCUUGAUGAUUUGUCUGUAGCUAUGAGGAACACCCAGGAUAGAGUUAUUGUCACUGUGAGGAAACUAGGAAAUAUCCAAGUGGAAGACAUCCAAGAGAAAUUUUCAUUAUUCUUGCAAUUUAUCACUGAACAAAGUGAGAUGUUUCUCCACACCGUGAAAUCUCAGAAUGUAGAAAAGAUCUCUGCCUUUGUUGCUGAUGUGUACAACGAUGCCAUCAACUCCCCUGUCGUAGCCGAUGUUGCCAGACAGAUUGAAGAGUACACCAGAAUUGUUCUGGAAUAUCUGAAAACUGUGAGAGCUAAAAUCCAAAAUAUUGUGUCUGACAUGUCUACUGAACAGCUUAAUGUUGACCUCCAGUCCUGGAUUGACUCAUUGGUAAAACACAUGAAUGCUUUCCACAACAAUGUUGUUGACGUUAUGAAGGAGAAAAGCAAAAGUGUUGAACCAUUUGUGAGAGUAAGCGACAGACAGAUGGAUAUUGACAUUCCUUUACCAUUUGUCGCCAAAUCCAACUAACUGGCUGCGGCAAAGAAUGCUUAAUGCAGUAUUUGUAUUGAUUAUAUCUGUUGUGUAACCAUCUCGACAACAGUAACUCUGUUCUACCAAAAAUAUACAUGAAUGCAUGCUAACACGUAUUGAUUUGGUUUGUCCCGUUUCACCGUAGUUUACCAUUUGUGGUUAUCCUACUGAUUUCUUUGUGUCUUGUACUAUUUAAAAAACCCUUAUGUGGGCUUCAAUAAAGUCUUCUUACAUAUAA